GCGUUGGUUUGGAGAAAGUGGAGAAAUACUGUCAUUACCUACACCUAUUAAACAGUCGUGGAAUUUCAGACUAAGCAUAAGGAAGGAAUCUUUAAACCCAUUACUUAAGACCAUAUACAGAAAGGCAGUAAAAUGUGACCUGGGAAGCUCAUUUAUGAACAAAAUAGAAGGUCCAAGGGAAAUAUGCCAAUUAGACCUCAACAUUGUGGGUUUGCAAUUCAGCCAUCAUCAUCUCUUCAAUCAAGAACAGCUGAAAGCACUGACAGAUGCUACUAAAUUAUCAAAUGAAAAUUCAGAAAUAAACCGGCUGACCAGAAAAUCUUUACAAGAUUAUAAUUGGCAAAUAAGUAAUACAAAACAGCUCUAUGACUUAGAAAGGGGAAAGGACCUCUCCCUACUACACAGUAUAUUACGAACUUGGAAACAGAUUAAAUCUCUUCGACAGCAGCAAGGGUUUACGAGCACCCCAAUAAAGUUACAGGUUCAGAGGAUAAAAAUAAAUAAAUGUGAUGAACAAGAACAAGAACAAAUCUCAGAAAUAUCUGAAACUGAGAAGAAAACUGAAGGAAAAGAACUUAAGAAUGGGAAAAAGCAAGAGAGGCUCUCAUAUCUAGUUCCAGACGAAACAGAAAUUGAAAGAAUGAAGCAAAUUACCUUGAGGCCACAACUUUCUUUCACUGCAGAAUUAACAAGCUUAUCCAAGUGUUCAUUGCAUGAACAAAAGAGGCGAGCCAAAAUUCAAAAGCUCAAAUACUUUAUUAAAAUAUUCUACAACAAUAAACAGGUUUCUUGUACUUCAAUAUCUCCCCUACAGUUUGAUUUUAAAGUCACGUUUCAGCAAAUUUUCAAUAUUCAGUUAAUAUAUUGGCCUGAAGUGAUUUGCUUGGAGGUUUAUGAAAAAAGCAAAAGGACAAGCUUACUGGCCAAACUAUAUUUACCUUUACCUAACUACACAGAGGUGAAAGGUAAAAACAUUUUGGAAUAUGUAGAGUUUAGCUCUGAUAAGCUGGUCAUGCCUGCCGAUGGAGAAGUAGGAAGCA